AUGGUACUCGGUCGUGUGCACUGCGCCUUUUGUGUUGUACUUGUGUUCCAAACUUUAUCGUAUUGUGAUGGUCAGUUCGCGCAAAAGAAUUAUGAAACGAUAUCCCCACUACCGUUCCCGACAUGCAGAGCGGACAACAUCGACUGUCUCCGCCGAAGUCUCAGGACCUUCUUCUUUCUAAUGGACACUGGCCACUUCGGCAUGCAGCCAGUCGACCCCGCUAUAGUCAACAGUGUGUCCCUAGCCUUACCCGAAGAACAAAUGACUUUUGCACUAAGAAGGGUCAACGUAACGGGUGCCAGGUGGACCAAACUCGUCGAAAGGAGGUUUAAUUUAGAAGGUGGUAGAACUGGUGCGGUAUUUCUCACCGAUCUACAUUUGACCGGUCAGAUAAGCAUGGAGGUGGCUGGAAGGCCGGAACCUCAUAACGCUUUCAUAACUAUGGAUAUACAGGGUGCAGAAAGCAAUAUAACUUAUGUGGGCAACAUACAGCGGGGCCAUGAUAAUGAGGAUUACAUUGUAAUCGGUCCCGAGAGGAUAGCCAUCAGGAACAGGCGAAUUCCAACGUAUUUUUUACAACCAAAUUCUGAAGACUCAUACAUCAUUGAUGAAGCGUUACAGAAAAAGCCAUCAAUCCUGGAUCACUUUUCUAAUGAAAUCACAGCAGCCAUAAUGCACUCUGUAGUCGAUAACUUUAGAUUAUUCUCUAUGAAUGUACCCAUUAAAUAUUACUAUAAAUAUUACAACAAGUAA